AUGAGCAAACGCGGGAGGAAAGCGACGCAAGCGAAGGGAAAACUUCAGCUUCAUCGCCUGUGCCGCUUACUAUUGAUUUCACGAGCUUCCCCCUCCCAUGGCUCCGCGCUCUACAUCGUCCGCCUGCGCUCCGCACCGCCCGUCGCCUCGUACCGCGGGGGAAUCCCUGGCUUCGCGGCAACGGCCGCCUGGGACAGCGACCCUAACGGCAACGCGCCAGGCACCGCCGCAUCUGAUGAUGACGCCCGCGGUGGCGUUGGCACGGCUUCCGCUGCUCCUGUCACUGCUGCUGCUGCUGCCACUAGCGGUUCAGGAGGGACCAGCCGUGUGCGGCGGCGGCCGCGGGUGAACGUGAGGGCGCCGGGCGUGAGGGCGUUCAAGCAGCUGCUGCAGCGCAUGCAGCAGGCCGUACUGAGAGACAGCGGGGUGGCCGCGGGGAAGAUGGUUUACAGCGACCCUCACCCCUUCGUUUCCCCUACCCGCCUCCCCUGCGCGCCUUCUCUCUUCUUCCCCUGCCCACCCUCCCCUGCGCGCCUUCUCUCUUCUUCCCCUGCCCACCUUCUCUCUUCUUCCCCUGCCCACCCUCCCCUGCGCGCCUUCUCUCUUCUUCCCCUGCGCGCCUUCUCUCUUCUUCCCCUGCGCGCCUUCUCUCUUCUUCCCCUGCGCGCCUUCUCUCUUCUUCCCCUGCCCACCCUCCCUCCCUCCCCCCUUCUCAGCUACAUGCACGCAUCCAACGGCUUCGCAGCGACCCUCACGGCAGCGCAGGUGCAGCGCAUGAGGCGGCACCCCUCCGUGGCGUCCGUCACGCCCUCUCGCACCAUCACACGCCGCCGCGCCGUCACUGCCGCCGCCGACGGGCACAAGUCUCUCAACCUGCCCCACGCCCGUGCUGCUGCUGCUGCUGCCACUGCUGCUGCUGCUGCCACUCCUGCUGCUGCCACUCCGGCUGGAGCGCCGAGCGAUGGUGAUGACACGGUGAUUGGGAUUGUGGACAGCGGCGUGUGGCCGGAGCACCCCUCCUUUGACGAUACGGGCUACAGCAGCACGCUCCCUGCCGGGUGGGCGGGCACGUGUCCCACUACAAGCGACUUCGCUUGUAACAACAAGAUCAUCGGAGGGGGCAUCUUUCACGCGGGGUUAGAGAGCACGCAUAGGGACAGCUUCAACCUCACCCUCAACUGGCUGUCCCCGCGGGAUUCUGAUGGCCAUGGCACUUGGUGUGCCGGAGCGGCAGCGGGCAACAGCGGCGUGAGCAUGCCUGGCUGGGACACGGUCAGUGGCGUGGCUCCCAAGGCACGCCUGGCCAUCUACAAGGUGUACUGGCACAGCACGCGUACUUACGAUAUACGCGCUUCAGAAAUAGACGUCUUUGCAGCCGUUGAUCGGGCCGUGGCGGACGGUGUGGAUGUGCUGACCCUGUCGCUGGAUGACUCGUCGCACACAGAAAUUAUGGGCGACGGCAAGGGCACCGGAGCCUACUUUGACGAUGUGCCUUUCCUCGGCGCCCUUGCGGUGGGUGUCAGGGGCGCCGGAGUGACUGUGGCCCGGGCAGUGGGCAACAAUGGAGAGGCCAAGUUCCAUUACAUGUAUGGUACUCUUGUGGGUAUCGGCAACUUUGCACCCUUCUAUAUCAGCGUGGGGGCAAGGCAAGGCAAGGUACGUGCUUGUUUGUUCUACGCGCUGCAGCUUUGCGCUGCACUACUUUUUCCUCUUUUUCUUCCCUUGAAUCAUGCGUUUUCCCAUGCCCCCUUCCCUCGUCUUGCAUCUCUCCCUCGUCUUGCAUCUCCUGCUGCCCUUCUCAUGCUUACACACACCUUCCAUGCCUCACCAUGCAGUACGCUGCCACAGGCUUCCCUCACCUUAACAUCAACAUCAACAUCAACAUCCACAGCAGCAGCGGUAGAAUCUCCUGCAAACACCACAGGCCCAGCAGCAUCAACACUGCUGGGAACCCCACUCCCAGCCACCAUCUCCCCCGCAGAAGACACCGCCCUUCCCAUCGUUCCCACCUGGUCCUCCACCGGCCCUCUCACCAAACCCGGCUGUUCAUUAUGCCAACCAUUGAAGCUCCUCCGCCGCGCCAACGCCAUUGUCAAGCCAGACAUCAUCGCCCCGGGAGUCGGCAUCCUUGCAGCUGAGCCUGGGCAAAAGGUCGGCGAGACGGGGUCGUUUAGGGGUUAUUAUGAGGACACUGCCAUCUCUGCGGCGCUUGUUGCUGGUGUGGCUGCUCUGAUCAUCCAGCAGCAUCCUGAUUGGACGCCCGCGCAGGUCAUGUCUGCAAUGAUGACAACAGCUGGCCGCACUGACAGCAGCAACAGAGUGAUUCGGAAUGUGAAUGGGGAACCGGCAACGCCCUGGCAGAUGGGAGCGGGGCAUGUGUUUCCCGCUAGGGCGCUUGACCCCGGGCUGACCUACGAUGCCGGGGAGCAAGAUUUUCGGAAUUUCCUUGCUGGGCUGAACAUGAAGCUGGCUCGGAGGGUGUUCGGGCCGGUGCAGCUGACACCCGUUGCACCCAGGCACCUGAACCGGCCUUCUAUCUCGCUAAUCAACAUAAUCACUAAACUCACCGCUAGGCGGACUGUGACGAGUGUUUCAAACACCACAUCGACCUACAGGGUGAGGGUUAACGCCCCUGAGGCAGUGAGAGUGAGAGUGGUGCCAUCGCAGUUUACCAUAGCGCCGGGGCAACGGGUCAGUUUCAAGGUGACGGUUGUGGUGAGGAGCAAGUUCAAAAGGUUCAAGUACGGCAGCCUCACAUGGGAGGAUGACAAGGGGCACUCUGUGCGCUCAGUCCUUGUUCUCCAUUGCAAACCUACUUGCAUGUACUAUUGCUAG